AUGGAGUCGCUCGGCCUCUCUCCCUGGCUCGUCUCCAGCUGCGCCGAGAUGGGCCUCCGCGAGCCAACGCCCAUCCAGGCCGCCUGCGUCAAGCCGGCGCUCGACGGACGCGACAUAGUCGGCUCGGCGGAGACCGGCUCGGGCAAGACUGCGGCCUUCGCGCUGCCGAUCCUGCAGGCGCUGUCGGCCGAUCCGCACGGCAUCUUCGCGCUCGUCCUCUCUCCCGCACGAGAGCUCGCCCACCAGAUCGCCGACCAGUUUGCGGCGCUCGGUGCGCCGCUGCGUGUUCGCGUCUGCGUCGUCGUCGGCGGCGCCGACAUGAUGCCUCAGGCGCUGGAGCUGUCUCAGCGGCCGCACAUCGUCGUCGCGACGCCGGGCCGCUUCGCCGACCACCUCCGCUCGUCAAACGUCGCCCCCGCCGUCGCGAAGCUUCGCUUUGUCGUGAUCGACGAGGAGCGCCGGGCGGACGAGGCGGGCGCUGUGAAGAAGCUCUGUUCACACGCCGGCGUUGGGUGUGCACAGGCGGACCGGCUGCUCGAGCUCGGCUUCGCAGACGACCUCCAGCACAUCCUCUCCUCGCUCCCUCGCCGCCGCCAGACCCUCCUCUUCUCGGCUACCAUGUCCGGCGCACUCUCCUCCCUCGGCGAGUCUGCUCUGCGCACCCCCUUUGUCGCCGACUUGGCGCCGCAGGAUGCGGUGGCGAGGAGGCUGACGCAGCAGUACGUCUUCGUGCCGGCGGCGGUGCGAGACACGUACCUCGUCUACCUCCUGCGGCAGUGCGUCGAGGCUGAGCAGAGCGUCAUCGUCUUCACCGCGUCGUGCCGCUCCUGCGAGCUGCUCGCGGCGAUGCUGUCUGGUCUCGGGGUGGAGUGUGCGCCCCUCCACUCGCAGCAGCCGCAGCGGCGGCGCGCGGCGGCCGUCUCCCGUCUCAAGCAGGGGACCCUCUCCAUCCUCGUUGCGACGGACGUGGCAGCGCGUGGCCUCGACAUCCCCGCUGUCGAGGUUGUGAUCAACCACAAUGUUCCCGCCGCGCCGCCCGACUACGUCCACCGCUGCGGCCGCACCGCGCGCGCAGGGCGAGCGGGCCGCGCGGUGACGCUGGUGACGCAGUACGACGUCGACGUGCUGCUCGCCAUCGAGGAGCGGAUCGGCUCCAAGCUGCAGCCCCACGAGCCUGCCGAGGCGGAGGUGCUCAAGGCGCUGCCCGAGGUUGCGUCUGCGAGGAGGGAGGCGCUCAUCGCGCUGACCGAAGGCGGUCGGUGGGGUCGCUAG